AUGGCGUCGCCUAUCACGACCUCGCAGCAGGUCGAACAAAUCCAGACACAAGCGCAGCCUCACUCACAAACACCACCUCGGCCACAAAAUGUCAACGGCAAACGACCAGCCUUUCAGUCUCGCGCAAAGGGCAAGAAGCAGAGGACCAAGAGAGAACGAUCGAUGAAGGAGGGCUCAUCAGAGGAGGUUCUGCUUGCUGAUAUUCAAGCACUCGUCAAGGCCCGCCAGGAGUCGGCGCCUUCACCUUCGGAGCAGGAGACGUCGCCUCUGCCCGAGCAGUGGUCCGAGAUUGACGUUGAAAUCCUCGAACUUUCCUCUACGGGUGAUGGCCUCGGCGUUCAGGUCGGCUCAUCCAACCCUCAGAUCUACGUCGUCUCGUUCGUUGCGCCCGGCGACGUCGCCCGUGUCAAGGUCGUCCGCCAUGUUCUCGAAGACGGCUACACCGCCACCGACUACCUCUCCAUCAUCACGCCCUCGCCCAUGCGCGACGACUCUCGUGUCUCUUGCAAGUACUUCACCCAGUGCUCCGGCUGCCAGUUCCAGAUGCUCGACUAUGCCGACCAACUACGGCACAAGCGGUCCAUCGUCGUCAAGGCUUUCAAAAACUUCUCCCAGCUGGCCCCCGAACUGGUGCCCACGAUCGGCGACACCAUUGGCAGCCCGCUGCAGUACGGCUACCGCACUAAGCUGACGCCGCACUUUGACGGCCCCCCCGGCAGCUGGCGCAAGGGCAAGCAGAGGGCCCCGUUCACCACAAUGCCGCCCAUCGGCUUCAACGUAAAGGGCCGUCGCGCCGUUCUCGACAUUGAGGACUGUCCCAUCGGCACCCAGGCCGUGCGAAACGGCAUGAAGAAGGAGCGUGAGCGCAUCGAGGGCGAAUACGCCACCCGCAACCACGGCGCCACCCUGCUGCUGCGCGAGAGCACAAAGCGCUACCCCAAAGGCGGCGACGAGCAGCCGCCGGCCGUCCUGCCCGAGGGCGCCGUGCGCGUCGACACGGACGCCUACACCGACAUCAAGACGUGCGCCACCGACAACAAGGCCAUGACGUCGGAGUACAUUGACGACUUCCUCUUCACGAACCCCCGCCGGCUCCUUCUUCCAGAACAACAACUCCAUCCUCACGUGCUGCCGCCCGCGGCCCUCGCCGCGGCCCCCGGCGCGAAACCCAUCCGCUACCUCAUCGACGCCUACUCCGGCUCCGGCCUCUUCACCAUCACGCUGUCCGGCCUCUUCCAGACGAGCAUGGGCAUCGACAUCGCCGCCGACUCGAUCGCCUCGGCGCGCAAGAACGCCCUGCUCAACCGCUUCACGGAGGACCAGUGCACCUUUCUCGCCGCCGACGCCCCCGAGCUCUUCAGGCACGUCCGCUACGACCCCGACGAGACGGUCGUCAUCCUCGACCCGCCGCGCAAGGGCUGCGACGCCAGCUUCCUGGGCCAGCUGCUGGACUUUGGCCCGCGGCGCGUCGUCUACGUCAGCUGCAAUGUGCACACCCAGGCGCGGGACGUCGGUGUCCUCGUGCGCGGGGAGGUCGAGGGCCAGAAGAAGAGGACAAGGUACGAGAUUGAGAGUCUGAGGGGCUUUGACUUUUUCCCCCAGACGGGUCACGUCGAGGGCGUGGCCGUACUGAAUCGCAUGGAGGAUGCAUAA